AUGAGUGAUAGCUUCUUCCCCGUCUCCUCAUCCCUUUCUGUUGAAUUAGAACGUAUCGCAAUCCAAUCGCAUCAGCUUGAAGUUAUGUCUGCUUAUGGUCAUCAAAUGGAGCAGAUGUAUUCUGCACGCAGUCUCUCAGGUGGUUCUGAGUUGAGGAGAAGCAGUUUUGUGCUGGAAUCAGGAUUCUACCUCACAUCCUUUGUUGCAACCAUCCUUGUUGCUGCAUUAGCCGCUGCAGGGCUUUUAUUAAUUACUUUAUUGGUUUCACUGGCAAUGAUGCUGCAAUCUUGUCAAAGUAGCCAUGCUGGAAUUAUUGAGCUUCAGAAUAUAAAUGACGACUACAAUUAUUGCAAGGUAUACUCUCUGCAUGCUAAGCUCAAUAACUUGGAAGGACAUAAUUUUCCUAGCCUCUGCAAGGACCUGACCAUACAGUAUAUCAAGGGAGGUCAAUAUGCUAGAGACUUGGAUUCAACCAAGUCUGUAAUGGAGGAUUACUUCAACAAUGCUAGACCAUCAGAUGAUGGUCUUGAUGUGGUGUUGAUAGACAUAGAUGGCAUCAUUUCCUCAAAUCCUCUUUCUUCCAAUUUGUUUCAAAGCAUUGACAAUCGUAUCUUAGAGGCAAAGAAUUUAAAGCGCAUGCUUGUUUUAAGAUUAUACAUGAACCUUCAAGUUGGUGGAUGGCCCAUAAUUUUGUUAUCCAGGGAGCAUGGAAAACACCAAAAUGUCACCAUCAAUCAUCUUCUCUCUGCUGGAUUUAGAGGCUGGUCUUCCUUGAUGAUGAGAGAAGACGAGGAUUCUUCCAAAGGGAAUGAGUGCUUUUCUAGACAAAGGAAUGUGAUACAAACCAAGGGCUUCCGCAUAAGAAGUAUCAUCAGCAGUCAAUUGGAUGCUUUGACUGUUGCAGACAGAGGAAUAAGAUUAUUUUUGCUUCCGGACCCUAUAUUUGAUAAAUUUGAACAGCAAAGAAGAGCAUAG